GCAGACAAUUCAUUCUGCAGACAUUGAGACCUGCACGUUGAUUACAGCAAUACAGCAAUACAGCAAUACAGCAAUACAGCAAUACAGCAAUACAGCAAUACAGCAAUACAGCAAUACAGCAAUACAGCAAUACAGCAAUACAGCAAUACAGCAAUACAGCAAUACAGCAAUACAGCAAUACAGCAGUGAUACUGAGCUCUCCUUACUGGUUUGGAUAUCUGACGUUGUAAAGCCAUUUAUCAUGGAAACCAUGCAGGAGCUGAUUCCUUUCGCUAAAGAGAUGCUCAGCCAGAAACCCAGCAGAAAAAUGGUGAAAAUCUAUAUGCUGGGCAGUGUGCUGGCAUUUUUCGGGGUAGUCAUUGGACUGGUUGAGACUGUAUGCAGCCCAUUUGUUGGAAAAGACAAUGAAGAGGAAAAGACCCCAGCCCCUCUGUCCGCACCAGUCCCUCUGCAAAAAAAGGAAGAGGUUGUCUUCGAAAAAAGCAAACCCCAAGUGGUUGGGGCAAGAAACUUGACUAACCGGGGGCACGCAUCCUAGGCACUUGCCCCUUGGUUACUGAUAGACUGCAGAGUGUGCGUUGUAUUGUACGUGAAGCGAAUGAUGACCUGUGUAUGGCGACGCCAAGGAGCUGCGUCAGUGUGGACUAAUUAAACUUGCUGCUGUGCAGCAGUGCAAACUACUCCUGGGUUAUACCCACAUUUUUAUAUUCUAAAUGCCUAUAUAUUUUGCUUUUUUAAUAAAUUUUAUUUUAUUAUGAAUACAA